CUUUUGACCGUUGCGUUGCAUAAUCUCCCUCCACAAAAACUCAAACGCUCCUCCCGCUCACGCCGCCGCUCUCCUCCCCAACGCACCAGCACCAGCGAGCGCGGCAUUGAGAAGCAGCAGCAGUACAGGUUCACAGCAGAGCCACCCCGUCGAGGAGACGGACGCCGCGAGAUGGUGUCCAGGACGCCCACCAAGGCGCCGCCGUCGCCCAAGCUCGGUACCGGCAGCGUCACCGUCACCCCGUCGAAGCCCUCCCCGACGCUGGUGGCGCGCCGCGGCCGUGCUCUCCGCCGCCGUGUUUCCCCCGCCACCGCCACCAAGCGCCGCCGCGGGAGCCCGCUCAAGUCGCUCGCGUCGGCGCCCGCCGCGGUCGCCGCCUCCUUCGACCGCUCCAUCCGCACCUGCCGCCGCCGCCUCCUCAAGCUCUUCGCCCGCCUCGCCGUCCUUGGCAGCCCGCGCAAGCGCCGCGCUGCCGCCGCGGGGUUCCAGCGCCUCCGCUCCUCCUCGACUCCCCCUCCUCCUCCGCCGCUGCCUUCGCAGAACCCCGCGGUCCGCGCGCAGUCCGCGGCGCUCCCGCCGCCGCCGUCACCGGGGAGGCGGACGCUGUUCCUGGACCUCGACGAGACGCUCAUCCACUCCCAGACGGACCCACCGCCGUCGCGGUUCGACUUCACCGUGCGCCCCGUCAUCGGUGGCCACGCGGUCACCUUCUACGUCGUCAAGCGCCCGGGCGUGGAGGCGUUCCUCCGCGCGGCGGCCGAGAUCUUCGACGUCGUCGUCUUCACCGCGGGGCUCCAGGAGUACGCCUCCCUCGUGCUCGACCGCCUGGAUCCUGACGGGGAGGUGUUCGCGCACCGCCUCUACCGCGGCGCCUGCCGCGACGCCGGUGACGGCAGGCUCGUCAAGGAUCUCGCCGCCACCGGCCGGGCCCUGGACCGCGCUGUCAUCGUCGACGACAAUCCCAAUGCGUACGCUCUGCAGCCGGAGAACGCCGUCCCGGUGGCGCCGUUCGUGGAUGAUGACAACGAUCAGGAGCUGCAGAGGGUGAUGGCGUUCUUGGACGUUGCCGCGGGGUACGAAGACACCCGGGAGGCCAUCAGAUACUACAAGGAUCUCGUCAUGGCGAACUGAGCCGCUGUCCUGCCACCCGGGAGGCCAUCGGAUACUACAAGGAUCUCUUCUUGAAGCAGUUUCAGGUUUAAAAGUUGGUACAUUUUGGCAGAUUUAUCUACUGGUUAGUCGGAAAGAGAGAGGUUGCAGCAGAACAGGAGAUGUGUUAAAGCUUUGACUUUUCAGGAUCUUCCUGAAUUUCAAUGCGAGUUUUAUGAUGUAACUGAAACCAAAUUGAAUUGUUACAGUAGAAUGUUGAAAUCACCGAUUACAAACUUAUUUUUGUUUUGGAUGGUGAUGAGCAUUCUGAGGCAGUUUUAGGGAGUCAGAUGGUGAUGAGCAUCCAAGUUUCAGAGUCUUCCUGAAUUUAUCUAUGCUGCUGAAAUCAAAUUGAAAUUGUAGUAUCUGCAGAUGCUUUGAAACUAUGGCGUUAUAAGAA